AUGGCUCCUUCCGCUGACGAUGUGGAGUCUUCGGUGUUGGCUUUACCAAUCCAUGCGUUCCCUGCAAAGCCGUCCUUAAUUCAGGCGAGCGUCCUGCAUGGGGCAGGCGACCUCCGCACGGAAACUAGAAUUGUCGAAGAGCCAGCUGCAGGCGAGCUUCAGAUCCAGAUUAAGUCGACAGGAAUAUGCGGAUCCGAUGUGAGCUAUUACAAGAAAUUCGCCAACGGUGAUCUUUGUGCCUGUGCUCCUCUCUCCCUUGGUCAUGAAUCUUCCGGUGUAGUUGUUGGCAUUGGGCCUCAGAUUAAUGGCUUUAUGCUGGGCGACAGAGUUGCCCUAGAGGUUGGGAUUCCCUGUGGGCAAUGUACCAUCUGCAGGAAAGGGCGGUAUAACCUUUGCAAGAAAAUGAGAUUCAGGAGUAGUGCAAAGAGUGUCCCGCAUUUCCAGGGAACGUUGCAAGAGAGGAUAAAUCAUCCUGCUGUCUGGUGUCACAAGAUUCCAGACCAUGUCUCCUUCGAUGCAGCAGCACUUCUAGAACCGCUGUCGGUAGCAAUCCAUUCCCUGAACCGUGCCUCACCAGUACCAGGUUCUACUGCACUAGUCAUUGGAGCCGGCACUGUAGGUCUCCUCGUGGCAGCCAUGGCCCGGCAAUCCGGCUGUACAAUAGUCACCAUCAUGGACGUCGAUGAGGGACGCGUGGAAUACGCUAUUUCCAAAGGCUUCGCAACGCACGGAUACGUAGUGCCCAUACCGCUGCACUCCAGCGCCUCCUCAUCGUCCAUCUUCACAUCCGGAACCUCAACCCCAGCGUCCAUCGACGGCACCAUGACUCCCCUGUCCAGCUACAGCAGUGUCAGCUAUCGUCUCGAUGGCGCGAAGGCUGUUGCUGCCGAUGCCCUGGCCGUCGCGAGACCGGAUAUGGCUGCUCUGGAAGAGGACGAGGAUGAUGGCGUCGAUGUGACGUUCGAGUGUACCGGCAAAGAACCAUGCAUGCAAACCGCCUUGUACGCCACCAAGCCGGGCGGGAAAGUCAUCAUGGUCGGCAUGGGCACGCCGAUUCAGACUGUUCCCCUUUCUGCAGCGCACUUGCGAGAGGUGGAUAUCUUGGGUAUCUUCAGGUAUGCCAAUACUUACCCCACGGGUAUUAGACUCCUUGCUGGUAAAGGAGGAAUGAAGUUGCCUAGUUUGGAUGAUAUGGUUACGCAUAGAUUCAAGGGGUUGGAUAAUGCGAAGAAGGCAUUUGAGUUGGCCAGUAGAACUUCUGAUGAUGACGGAAAGCUGGUCUUGAAAGUUGUCAUUGAGGCAUAG